AUGUUUUAAUUAUUUCAGAAUGAGGAGCGUGUUGCACUAUUGAAGAAGGCGUGUAUCCAGCACCAGAAUGCAUAUCGAGAUGCAAUGUGUGGCAAAGGCAUUGAUCGUCAUUUGUUUUGUUUAUAUGUCAUCUCGAAGUACUUGGAAGUAGACAACCCAUUCUUAAAUGAGGUGUUAUCAGAACCAUGGCGCCUCAGCACCUCUCAGACCCCACAUGGUCAGACUACCAAAAUGGAUUUGACAAAGAACCCUAAAUGUAUCAGUGCUGGGGGUGGCUUUGGUCCUGUUGCCGAUGAUGGUUAUGGUGUGUCUUACAUAAUAGCUGGAGAAGACACGCUCUUUUUCCACGUGUCUAGCAAGAAGAGUUCUCCUGUUACAGAUUCACACAAGUUUGCUCGUCAAAUUGAGAAAGCUCUCUUGGAUAUGAAGAAUCUCUUUGAAUCUUUGAAAAAGAAGUAAUGAAGGACCAUAUUAAGGAGAAAAUUGCUUAAGCUGUGAUCAGGUUUCCUCUUCAGUGGCAGGUUGCUAAUCAAGCCUUGAAUUUUGUAUGUGCCCUAAUAUGGUUUUCAUCCUAUACUGUUACUGAUGAACUUUAAGUAAGGUAAAAAAGUUUUAGUUCAAAUGGGCAGUGUCUAGAUUCUCUUGGCAAAGAUACAACUUCAUAGUACAGUAUAUUUUAUUUUGAUGAUUUCUUAUUUUAGUUAUUUUAUUUAAUCUUGGGAAUACUAAACUCAUAGGAAUCAUAUAGGCCUUGGGAAAUGGGAGGCACUCAAAUUCGAUUCAAGAAAAGGGAGGACGGCUUCAUUUCUUUGGAUCAAGAUUCCUUCACAGGCAUCAAGGCACCUACAUCCAUUGAAAGUUGAUAAUCUCUGGAAAAGUUUAUUUUAGAAAAGUCAUGAUUUGUAGAUAUGUAUAGUUACAAUUUUAUUUUUGAUUUUUGUAUGGGAUGAAAUUUUAGGAAGUGUGUACAGUUAUUCAAUCGUAUAUUUACAUAAAUCAUUUCAGAAUAAGUGUGUGAAAUACCUAUUUGUAGCUACAAGAGCAGUUAUGCUUUUGGGGGGUCAUGCCUUAAUUUUAAUUAUAUAUUUGUAAUGUACAUUUUUUUUUUUAUUUCAGUGGUUGCAUUUCCUGUAACCUUUUCAGUUGUUAUACCAAUAUGAAGAUCUUUAUAUUAUC